UUCUCUUUCCCUCCCCUUCUCCCUGCAUCCUUCCUUCUUCUCCCUCCCCUUCCCUCUCCCUCCUCUCUCCCCUCCUAGGACAUGGGGGACCCAGAGCCCCCUCCCCUCUUUCAACCCCAUCCUGCUGCCGGAUCAGCCAGGGCUAGGGUGGAUGUGGGCUGAGGUGGGCCAGGGCAGAUGAGCCGUGGCCCCUCCAGCACGCUGGUCCUCACCGCAUCCCCCUGUCCCCAUGCCCGCAGGGAUGACGAGAUCCGGGAUAAAUGUGGAGGCGACGCCGUGCACUACCUGUCCUUCCAGCGGCACAUCAUCGGGCUGCUGGUGGCCGUGGGUGUCCUCUCUGUAGGCAUCGUGCUGCCCGUCAACUUCUCAGGGGACCUGCUGGAGAACAACGCCUACAGCUUCGGGAGAACCACCAUUGCCAACUUGAAAUCAGGGAACAACCUGCUGUGGCUGCACACCUCCUUCGCCUUCCUGUACCUGCUGCUCACCGUCUACAGCAUGCGCAGACACACCUCGAAAAUGCGCUACAAGGAGGAUGACCUGGUGAAGCGGACUCUCUUCAUCAAUGGAAUCUCCAAAUAUGCAGAGUCAGAGAAGAUCAAGAAGCAUUUUGAGGAGGCCUACCCCAACUGCACGGUUCUGGAAGCCCGCCCAUGUUACAACGUGGCUCGUCUGAUGUUCCUCGAUGCAGAGAGAAAGAAGGCCGAGCGGGGAAAACUCUACUUCACAAACCUCCAGAGCAAGGACAAUGUCCCCACCAUGAUCAACCCCAAGCCCUGUGGUCAUCUGUGCUGCUGCGUGGUGCGAGGCUGUGAGCAGGUGGAGGCCAUCGAGUACUACACGAAGCUGGAGCAGAAGCUGAAGGAAGACUACAAGCGGGAGAAGGAGAAAGUGAACGAGAAGCCCCUCGGCAUGGCCUUUGUCACCUUCCACAACGAGACCAUCACGGCCAUCAUCCUGAAGGACUUCAACGUGUGUAAGUGCCAGGGCUGCACCUGCCGCGGGGAGCCCCGCUCCUCGUCCUGCAGCGAGUCCCUACACAUCUCCAACUGGACCGUGUCCUACGCCCCCGACCCCCAGAACAUCUACUGGGAGCACCUCUCCAUCCGAGGCUUCAUCUGGUGGCUCCGCUGCCUGGUCAUCAAUGUCGUCCUCUUCAUCUUGCUCUUCUUCCUCACCACCCCGGCCAUCAUCAUCACCACCAUGGACAAGUUCAACGUCACCAAGCCUGUGGAGUACCUCAACAACCCCAUCAUCACCCAGUUCUUCCCCACCCUGCUGCUGUGGUGCUUCUCGGCCCUGCUUCCCACCAUCGUCUACUACUCUGCCUUCUUUGAAGCCCACUGGACACGCUCCGGUGAGAACAGGACCACCAUGCACAAGUGCUACACCUUCCUCAUCUUCAUGGUGCUGCUCCUGCCCUCGCUGGGACUGAGCAGCCUGGACCUCUUCUUCCGCUGGCUCUUUGACAAGAAAUUCUUGGCUGAGGCAGCUAUCCGGUUUGAGUGCGUGUUCCUGCCCGACAACGGCGCCUUCUUCGUGAACUACGUCAUUGCCUCCGCCUUUAUCGGCAACGCCAUGGACCUGCUGCGCAUCCCGGGCCUGCUCAUGUACAUGAUCCGGCUCUGCCUGGCGCGCUCGGCCGCCGAGAGGCGCAACGUGAAGCGGCAUCAGGCCUACGAGUUCCAGUUUGGCGCAGCCUACGCUUGGAUGAUGUGCGUCUUCACGGUGGUCAUGACCUACAGUAUCACCUGCCCCAUCAUCGUGCCCUUCGGGCUCAUGUACAUGCUGCUGAAGCACCUGGUAGACAGGUACAAUCUCUACUACGCCUACCUGCCGGCCAAGCUGGACAAGAAGAUCCACUCGGGGGCCGUCAACCAGGUGGUGGCCGCGCCCAUCCUCUGCCUCUUCUGGCUGUUGUUCUUCUCCACCAUGCGCACGGGGUUUCUAGCCCCGACGUCCAUGUUCACGUUUGUCGUCCUGGUGAUCACCAUUGUCGUCUGUCUCUGCCAUGUCUGCUUCGGACACUUCAAAUACCUCAGUGCCCACAACUACAAGAUUGAGCACACGGAGACAGAUUCCGUGGACCCCAGAAGCAAUGGACGGCCCCCCAAUGCUGCCGCUGUCCCCAAAUCUGCGAAAUACAUCGCUCAGGUGCUGCAGGACUCAGAAGUUGACGGGGAUGGGGGUCCCGGGAGCUCGGGGGACGAGCCCCCGUCGUCCUCCUCCCAAGACGAGGAGCUGCUGAUGCAGCCUGACGGCCUCACGGACACAGACUUCCAGUCUUGUGAGGACAGCCUCAUAGAGAACGAGAUCCGCCAGUAAGGGAAGGGAGGGCCCUGGCGGCCACGCCCUGCCCCCGCCCGCCCGGCCCCCCACGGACACUAAAAACAAAACGCUAAUAAUUUAUUAGAUCUAAAGCCCCUUCCUUCCCCAUCCCCUGCUUUCAUUAAGGUAUUUAAACCUGGGGACUUCACCGUUCUCUCCCCCACCACGGAGGGAGGGUGGGUGGGACUCCCCCCCAACCUCAGUGAGGAGAGCCCCGAGCCGGCCCCGGGGCAACGAGGGGUGUGGACAGGGUUCCCCCAGAUCAGUACCCCCCCUGGGCUAGUAGUAUGAUCAGGAAAGGGUUAAUGAGAGCCAAGAGGGGUACCUGUGCCAUGGCUGGAGACCUGGUGGGGGCAGACGGACCAGGGACUGCCCCCCCCAGCUCUUACCUCCCCUCCCCCCAAGUCCUGCUGGGAUCUAGCGCCCCAGGGAAGCGGAGCCUCCAGCCCCUACGGGGUGGCAUGAGAGGGGAGAGCGUGCUGAGUGGGAGAAGAGAGUCCAGCCCUGAGCCAGGGGGACUGACCUGGGGGUGGGGGGUGGGCAUGGCUGACACUGGAAAAUGGGAUUUUGCACUGUUUUGGUUUUUUUUUUUUUUUUUCCUUUAAAAUAAAAAUGAAAAGCUCUGA